UUAUAAUUUAUUGAACAUUAUUAAAUUUUGCUGGCUGCUGCUGGUGGUUGGCGCCGCGACGGCACUUGAAUGAACGCACUGCAUCAGUUGUGCUGCGUUGCUGUUGCUGUAAAAUUGUGUGUGCCAGUGGAAGUGGUGCAAGUGGAAGUGGAUUGGAAGUAGAAGUAGAAGUGGAAGUGCUCAAAAAUGUCGAAAAAUAAAAUAAGCACAACUGCAGCGACGGCAGCGAAUGCCGAAACGAAUCUAAUUGAAGUGAAAUCAAAGUUUGAUGCCGAGUUUCGACGCUGGAGCUUUAAGCGACAUGAGCCCGAGCAGAGCUUCGAUAAGUUCGCAUCGCUCAUCGAGCAACUGCACAAACUGGCCAACAUACAGUUUCUAAUACUCUACAUUGAUCCGCGCGACAACGAUCUGUUGCCCAUCAAUAACGAUGACAACUUUGGGCGUGCACUGAAAACAGCACGUCCGCUGCUGCGCGUCAUUGUCCAGCGCAAAGACGAUCUGAACGAGUACUCGGGCUUUGGCACGAUGAAGCCUCGCAAUCUGAUUGGCAGCAUACUCGGCCAUACGCCGGUCAAGACCAAAGCGCCCUCCAUAUCGAUACCGCAUGAUUUUCGGCAAGUGUCAGCCAUCAUUGAUGUGGACAUUGUGCCGGAGACGCAUCGGCGAGUGCGUCUACUCAAGCAUGGCAGCGACAAGCCGCUCGGCUUUUACAUACGCGACGGCACCUCGGUGCGUGUGACCGCCAGCGGGCUGGAGAAGCAGCCGGGCAUCUUCAUAUCGCGUCUGGUGCCCGGCGGUCUGGCCGAAAGCACCGGUCUUCUUGCCGUUAACGACGAGGUCAUCGAAGUCAAUGGCAUUGAGGUCGCUGGCAAGACACUGGAUCAAGUGACCGACAUGAUGGUCGCGAACAGUUCCAAUUUGAUUAUAACCGUGAAGCCGGCCAAUCAGCGUACGCUGACGUCCACGAAUCGGGGAUCGUUCUCGCGGAACAGUCAACUGUCGAGUGGAUCGCAUCACACGAAUCACACAAACACAUCCGAUGAGCUAGAGCAUGAAGAUCAGGAUGAUAUUGUCGAUUUGACUGGCGUUACGCUCGACGAGAGUCCGACGGGCAACGUUACAGUUACGACAACUCACACAUCGUCACCGUCCACGCAUCACAAACAGGCUGCCUCCAAUGCAUCCACAAUCAUGGCCAGCGAUGUCAAGGAUGGUGUUCUGCAUUUGUAGAAACAAAAACAACAACAACAACACAUCAUCAAUAACAGCAACAACAUUUA